CACACACUUUUUGUCAGUGAGGCCCCUUACGACAGUGGUAAUUACAGCGGCAGUGCCCUACCACUGCUUUGCUUUUCAGGAAGGAGAGGGAGAAGGAGAGGAGGAGACAUGUCGAGCUUUGCAACAGGAUCAGUCGCCGUCCACAGCCCCGCCAUGCAUGUCGAUGGAUUGUCCAUAGUCCGUGAGAGCUAGUGCUCAGCCGCUACAAGUUCAGAAGCGCACCUGACAGAGGUGAGCUGAGCUGAGUUCUCCUGGCACUUGCAGGAGCUAGCUAGCGUUGCACCCACCUCUCUGUCUCUAUUCUGUUUCUACCUGCUUCCAUGGUCGGCGGCAGGAGGCUCUCGGAGCUGCUCCGGGAGCAGCACGAGCCGUUCCUCCUCCUUCAAGGAGAGCCCUGCUGCUCCUCCGUCCAAGACAGGGGCGCCAGGGCUUCUUGGCGUAGGGCCAUGAGGAGGGCGCUGCCGCGGUGGCGCUGGGCCGGCCUUGCCGCCGGAUGCUUCCCCUGCACCGCCCGCCGCAAGCGCGAGAGCUUCCGCCCUCUGCCGCGCGCGGGCCACGCGUGCUGCAACGACGAUGCUGUGGCUACGGAAUCCGACGGCGGCGACGGCGCGAGGCGGCUCAGCCCGGUGUCCGUCCUGGACGUGCUGCGCUGCUCCGACGAGGAGGAGGAGGCGUCGUCGUCGCCCACGCUUAGCCACUCAGGGGAGGAGGAAGACAACGACGAGAAGCCAUCGUGGACGCCAGCUGGGAGCUCGCCGCCACCACCCGACCCGCUCACCGACGAGAAGGAGGAGUGGAGGAAGGUGGUUUCGUCGUGGGAGCGGAUCGCGGGGGACAUCGCAAGGGUCCCGGCGCUUGCGGAGCUGGACCUUUCAAGCUCCAUGUCGGCGAGGGAGUGGGAGUGGCACGGGGAGUCGGAGGCAGAGCGGGUGGGCGCGAGCGUGGAGGCCAUCAUCUUCGAGGAGAUGAGCGCGGAGGCCGUGCGCGACAUGGUCGAUCGAGCUAUAGCGAGUCGGAGCGCUCCUAGUCCAAGCUAGCUUUGCAACUGGCUCAACGAGAUUUCUACCAUUUCUGGGUUCAGUUGGUAUAAACAGUACUCUACGUAGUAUAAUACUUGUAGUGUACUAAGUAUAGCUAGGAGCAGACUCUGGUUGCAGUUGCAGUUGUACUACAGGGCAGUGGUAUCCGAUGCAAAAAUGUAUAUGACUCGAGAAGAAAAGAAAAAGAAAAAUCUC